AUGGUCCAAUUCAUCUUCACUCCCUGGCGUGAUCGCCAAGAACUCCUGACUGUGCGGGGGCAGUUCUACCCCCAGGCGCCAGACAUUUCAGGCGAUGACGCCCCCGAGCUAGGGUUGACCGAUGAUCACGACGCCGCCGAAGACCAACGGCAAGCGCGGCAAAAGCUUCAGCACCGUGCCGUGGCGAGAGUGUCGAUGUGGGUGCAGCGAGGGAACUGCCCGCAUCUGGUGGAAUCGACGGCGCUCCUCACUGCGGCGAUCCUCAGCGACGAGGAGCUCCUGGGUGGUCCGGAUCGUCAAGGCUCGUCGGCGUAUGCGGUGCGAGCGGCGUAUUCGACGGCCUUUAGUCGAUUCGUUACGGGUCUCAUGGAUAUGCAACAGGACAAGCAACGGAAGAUGAGCAUGUUUUCGAUCGCAAAGACGAUAGGUCUCCCCGCAACCUUUGUCGAACUACGGCACCAAGCGACACACGAGCAGCUCCCCUCCCUCGCAAGACUACGAUCGGCGGCCGAGAAAGCGUUGGCAUGGAUAUGGGAAUACUACUGGAAACACCUAGAGGAUCAGAGCUCGACCCAGGAACCACCAACCGAUCCGUGCUACGAGUCUCUCGUCGAUUAUCUGAGCCACGUCGAGACUAAGGACGCGUCGCCCCUGGUGGAAAGCGAUGGAUUUCAGGAGUUGCUUCGGCGAUGGGGGAAGGCUCGGGUUCUGAGGACGCUGAUGGCCAUUUCUGAUAAGAUGGAGAAUGGCCGGGUCCUUCUAAGAUGUCUGCAGGCUUUGCGACAGCUGAUAGAAAUUGAUGGUUCUGAUGGAGGAAAUUCGACCUCGCGACCGUCGGAGCUGAAGGACGUGGAUACUGUGAGGGACGAGAUUACGAGGGCACAAGACCAACUAUCUACAGAGGACGCUCGCGUAUCGGGCGCCGGCCCCGGAGGGCAAACGGAGUCUCUUGACCCGGGGUCGGGAGAAGAUAUCGGAUGGUCCCGAUAUGAGAGGUUCGCAGCGAAGUGCGCCGGCCUUACGCCGCUGCCGAAACGCAAGAUGCAUAUCCAAAGUAUUCCCAUGUGGAAUGACAACUAUGCGUACCUCGUUGUUGAUAAGAAGACGAAGGAUGCUGUGAUCAUUGACCCGGCACAUCCACCAGAGGUCUUGCCGACGCUCAAGAAGGCUCUUGAAUCCGAUGGUCUCAACCUCAUCUCUAUCGUCAACACCCACCACCAUCACGACCAUGCGGGGGGAAACAUGAGAAUACGUGAGGGACUCGGCAAGCCCAAUCUUCCAAUCUGGGGAGGAAGGAAUUGCGAAGGCGUGACGUUGACGCCGGGUCACAACGAGAAGCUCAAGAUUGGUAACAUCUCCGCCACGAGCCUUCACACGCCGUGCCACACCCAGGACAGCAUCUGCUGGUUUUUAGAGGAUGGCGACCGUCGGGUUGUCUUCUCGGGGGAUACCCUGUUUAUUGGCGGCUGUGGAAGGUUUUUCGAGGGAACACCCUCCGAAAUGCACAAGGCACUCAACGGGGUCCUUGCGGCGCUUCCCGACGAUACUGCCAUCUAUCCCGGCCACGAAUACACCAAGUCCAACGUAAAGUUUGCUCUUUCCGUUGUCCAAGAUAGCCCUGUUCAGAAGCUCUCGACGUUUAUGGAUGAGAACAAAGAGUCGCAGGGCAAGUUCACGAUUGGUGACGAAAAGAAGCACAACGUGUUCAUGCGAGUAGAGGAUCCCGAGGUACAAAAAGCAGUCGGUCUCUCCGACCCCAUCGACGUGAUGACCAAGCUCAGGGAGUUGAAGAAUAACUUCAAGUAA